AUUAAACCAAACAAAACCUAAACCUUCCUAUAAAUAUAAAAAAAAUCACAAAUCCUUUAGUUAUUGGAAACUAGAGGGACGAUUUACUCAUCCCCAUCAAAAAACCUCUGAAACCCCUUAUUCCCGAUUUGUCCGAUUCGUCAAAAGGGGUAAACCAAACCCCCACUCCCUCCAAAUUGCAAAAUCGAAUAAUAUCACCGGAAAAUUAGGGUUUCUGGAACAUUCUCAUUUCAUUCUCUGCAAUCUACACACACAAGCUCGAAGAUCCGAGGUGCGAUUGCUGAUUUCACCGCUGCAACUGAGUUCAUUCGUGCUCGGAAAUCGACGGUUGCAAGAGCUUAAAAGGAAUGAUCGAUUCUCGUUAGGUAAAGUUGCACGUCAAAAAAGUAUAAUUUUAACUUACAUCAGUGAUGGCUGCGGAUAAGAUUGAAGAGGAAGAAGAUAUUGGCAGUACGUCAGGUGAUUCUUUUAUCAAUGACAGUGACAACGACGAACCCUCAAUAUCUGGUCAGGAUGAGGAGAUAAAUCACGAGCUACCUCUCACCGAUGAAGACAUUGAAGGUCUAAUUGCUGAGCUCUUGACAGUUGAGAGCAAGGCUGCAGAGGCCCAAGAAGCACUUGAAGACGAGUCACUAGCGAAAGUCGAAGUUGAAGUGCGGGAAGAGUUGGCACAGACUCUUGAGGGGGAAGCUCUUGACAAUGCUGUUGCUGAUGAGAUGUUAGCGCUCAGAGAUAAAUGGGAAGAUGAGCUUGACGACCUUGAAACCGAGAGUGCUCACUUGUUGGAGCAACUUGAUGGUGCAGGAAUAGAACUCCCAAGUCUUUAUAAGUGGAUAGAAAGUCAGGCCCCAAAUGGAUGUUGUACAGAGGCAUGGAAAAAUAGGACUCACUGGGUUGGGUCUCAGGCCACUGGUGAUGCUACUGAAUCAAUUGCAGAUGCUGAGAAGUAUCUGCAGACUCACAGGCCUGUCCGAAGACAUCGUGGUAAACUUUUGGAGGAAGGUGCGAGUGGGUUUCUGGGGAAACGUCUUGCUCCUGAUGAAGAUAAAGAAACCAAUUGUGAGGUGGAUUGGUCCUCUUUCAACGAAUUGUGCUCUUCGUCAACCAAUAAGACCUCAUUUGGAAGCAAAGACUGGGCUUCUGUAUACUUGGCCAGUACGCCUCAACAAGCUGCACAGCUGGGACUCAACUUUCCUGGUGCAGAUGAGGUUGAGGAGAUUGAUGACGUUGAAGGCGAUUCGAAUGAUCCAUUUGUUGCUGAUGCUAUCGUGACAGAGAGAGAACUAUAUCAGGCUGAUGAUCAUAAGAAGUUAAAAAAGGUUAAAGAAGAAGAUGAUGUAAAUCAUGACCGUAAGCUUUUAUAUCGUUUGAACCAAAAGAGACGGAGAAGGAAGUUAAAGCAGGAGAGUACAAGGGAAGUUGCGGAAUACGAUGUGAGUAGUGAUAUUGCAUGCGAAACAUCGAAUACAGACGAUAAGACAUCAAGUGAUCCUGAAAUGAAAAAUAAAAAGAGUAAUGGUCUUUCUGGGUCUAAACGGCCAUUUGACGGUGUGGAACUAUCAGAUAGUAAGAAGGGUAGGAAUGCAAAUGCUGACAGUUCUGAUGUCAAGCCUGUUGCGGUGCAUGGAUCUGUUUCUUCAUCCAGUGAUAGUGAAGAUCCUGAUCAAUCUGAUAAAGAAGAAAAUGGGGAUGCCAUCACUGAUGAAUUCCAGUGCACUGCUUGUGAUAAAGUUGCUAAUGAUGUGUAUACACAUCCACUGAUGAAAGUGAUUGUUUGCAGAAACUGCAAGUACCGUUUACAAGUCAAACUGAAAGAAGUGGAUGCGGAUUGUGCGGAGUGUUUCUGUGGAUGGUGUGGCAGAAGCGGGGACUUGUUAAGUUGUAGGUCUUGUAAAAACUUGUUUUGUACUUCGUGUAUAAAGAAGAAUCUUGGGGAAGAAUGUUUGUUAAAAGCACGGGAUCCGGGUUGGCAGUGCUGUUAUUGCUCCCCAAGUAUCCUGCAGCCGUUGACUUUACAGUUAGAAAAGGCUUUUACAUCUAGAAGUGAAUCAUCUUCAAGUUCAGAUAGUGAUUCAGAUGACUCUGAUGACUCACAUGACGGUUUUAAGGUUCCGAUAAGCAAGAGGAGACGAAAGAAGAAAAUUCGCAGAAUUCUUGAUGAUGCUGAAUUAGGAGAAGAUACUAAAAGAAAAAUUGCAAUUGAAAAGGAACGCCAAGAGCGACUUAAAUCACUGGAAGCUGAGCGCCUGAAGUCACUAAAUUCAAUGAAGACAAAUUAUGCAAAUUUUAGGGCAAAUGUAUCCGAGGGUGCAACCCUUGAUAUGUUAGGUGAUGCACAAACAGGCUAUAUUGUAAAUGUUGUCAGGGAGGAAAACGAGGAGGCUGUGAGGCUUCCACAAAGUAUUUCGACGAAAUUGAAAUCUCAUCAGGUUGCAGGUAUAAGAUUUAUGUGGGAAAAUAUCAUACAGUCGAUCACCAAAGUUAGGUCAGGAGAUAAGGGACUCGGAUGCAUUCUUGCACAUACCAUGGGUCUAGGUAAAACAUUGCAGGUUAUAGCUUUUCUAUAUGCUGCUAUGAGAAGUGUGGACAUAGGAUUAAGAGCUGCCAUGAUUGUGACACCCGUAAAUGUUUUGCACAAUUGGAGGCAUGAGUUUACGAAAUGGAGACCUACGGAAUUUAAGCCUCUUCGCGUCUACAUGCUUGAAGAUGUCCCAAGGGAUAGAAGACUUGAGUUGCUAAUGAAGUGGAGAGCAAAGGGGGGUGUUUUCUUGAUUGGUUAUACUAAUUUCCGUAAUUUGUCUCUUGGAAAACAUGUUAAGGAUCGCCAAAUGGCUAAGGAAUUUUGUAGGGUUCUUCAGGAUGGGCCUGACAUACUUGUUUGUGAUGAGGCCCACAUGAUUAAGAACACGAGGGCUGAUACAACCCAGGCUUUAAAGCUAGUCAAAUGCCAGCGACGGAUUGCGUUAACAGGCUCACCUCUUCAGAAUAAUCUCAUGGAAUAUUAUUGUAUGGUUGAUUUUGUGAGGGAAGGAUUUCUCGGCAGCAGUCAAGAGUUUAGAAACCGCUUUCAAAACCCUAUUGAGAAUGGGCAGCAUACUAAUUCUACAUCAGAUGACGUGAAAAUUAUGAACCAGAGAUCUCACAUCCUCUAUGAACAACUAAAAGGAUUUGUGCAACGGAUGGACAUGAAUGUUGUGAAGAAGGAUCUACCCCCAAAAACUGUUUUUGUAAUCGCCGUGAAACUUUCUUCCGUGCAAAGGGUACUAUACAAACGAUUCCUUGAUGUACAUGGGCUCACCCAAGAGAAGGCUUCUAAUGAAAAGACCAGGAAGAGUUUUUUUGCCAGUUACCAAGCAUUGGCUCAGAUAUGGAAUCAUCCUGGAAUAUUGCAAUUGCUGAAAGACAAAGACUUAAGCAAACGUGAGAAUUUUAUUGAAGACAGUACAAGUGAUGAUAAUUUGGAUUAUACUAUGGCCAAUGGAGAUAAGUCGAAGAACAGAAGUGAGAAAAAGAACGUCAGUGGUUUUUUUAAGGAGCAUUGGUGGGACGAUCUUGUUAAGGAGAACGGUUAUGAGGCUGAAAAUAGUGGUAAAAUGGUUUUGCUGCUUGAUAUUCUAGCCCUGUGCUCUGAUGCUGGCGAUAAGGCACUUGUUUUCAGCCAAAGUUUACCCACACUUGAUCUCAUUGAACACCAUAUUUCCAAACUACCCCGCAAUGGGAAAAGCCGAAAAAGUUGGAAAAAGGGGAAAGACUGGUACAGGCUAGAUGGACGAACGGAGGGCUCAGAGAGACAAAAACUGGUUGAGAAGUUCAAUGAUCCUUCAAAUAAAAGGGUCAAAUGCACUUUAAUAUCAACCAGAGCUGGAUCUCUUGGUAUCAACCUAUAUGCUGCUAAUCGUGUUAUUAUUGUUGAUGGGUCUUGGAACCCAACAUACGAUCUUCAGGCUAUUUAUCGGGCUUGGAGAUAUGGACAAACAAAACCUGUCUUUGCAUAUCGUUUAAUGGCACAUGGCACCAUGGAAGAGAAGAUUUAUAAGCGUCAGGUUACUAAAGAGAGUCUAUCAGCAAGGGUUGUUGAUAGACAACAAGUACACCGGACGAUAUCUAAAGAAGAGAUGUUGCAUCUCUUUGCCUUUGGUGAUGACGAAAACAUAAAUACUUCUUCUAAGAUGGACCAAGUGAGUAGCAAUUCAACACCUGAACAAAGUACCAGUGAAGUUAAACAAAAAAAUCCUCUUCCUCAUGCAACCGUUUCUUCUGACAAGUUCAUGGAAGUAUUACUCAAAAAACAUCAUCCCAGGUGGAUUGCUAAUUAUCACGAGCACGAGUCUCUCCUACAAGAAAACGAAGAUGAAAAACUAUCAAAGGAGGAACAAGAUAUGGCUUGGGAAGUGUACCGUCGUACUCUAGAGUGGGAAGAAGUACAGAGGAACCCAGCCGAUGGACCUGGACCUGGACCUGGACCCGCACCACCACCCUUCCCAAAACCAACCAUCAAUGGAGCCUCAGAACCCAAAGCAACCAUUCAACAUGAACCCACAGCCAAGAAACCUCCUGUGGUCACCCGAGUGUGUUCAAGGAACCGUUUUGUGCUUCGCAAAUGCACAAAUUUAGCCCAUAUGCUAACUCUAAGGAGUCAAGGUGUGAAAAUAGGCUGCACCACCAUUUGUGGUGAAUGUGGCCAGGAAGUUGGCUGGAAUGGUCUUAAUAAGUGAGAGAAUUGGCGUCGGCAUACCUAUUAAGGAACACAAGUCCCAAGUUUUGGUCAUACAUUGGAUAUGAAGUUGGUUUUGGGCGCCUAUUAAUGAAGUUGACAAAGUGUAUAUCAUUUAUGCUAUAUACUUAUUUGUUGUAACGAGAUUUGUCCCAUUUUGGGAUUGUUACGAUAACCUUUUGACCAACGCUGCUAGGCUUGUAGAAUUUUGAAGCGUUGGUCUUAUAGUUGCAUAGUUUUUGGAGUGUGCUUUAGAAGCAUGAGAACAUUUGCUGUUUCGGCACUUGAUUUAUGAUAUUCAAAGUUCUGCUGAACGCUUUAAUGUUUUA